ACGGAACCCCCCCCCCCGCCCCCCAUUAAAGGAGGGAGAAGAAGACAACAGAGAGGAGGACUGGUGGGAGAAAAAGAAAGGUGCCGGUUUGGAGGGAGCGGGGAAGGAGAGAGGAGCCCCUCAGAAUGUGGAUUAACCCCCUCGGGUGUUCAUUUUCAUCGAUCCGACCGAUGGGUGGGGAAUCCUAAUGUGGAAUUUUAGGCUUUUGGAUGUACAGGAUGCUGCUCUGUUCCUCACCGUCACAUUCUAUGUUUUCCGCCUAGCUGGAGCCAUCUCCAUUCAUUCCCCUCAGAGGAGCCUCACCCGAUCCGUACAAGACGAUGUGCUUUUCUCUGUGGACGUUACCUGCCGUGGGAUCCCCACCAUACAAUGGACCUUUAUGUCCGGGGUGGUGAGCCGGAGCAUAGGGACCUGGCAGCCCGGGGUGUAUGCCAAUAUAACAGAGGAUUACGUGGACAGGGUGCAGCCCUACACUAAUGGAUCUAUGGGCCUGUCACUUUUGCGACUGCAAGAUGCAGGAUUUUAUGUGGUCACCGUCACAGAGACGACGGGGAACAGCAAAGACGCUGGGUUUGUUCUGAAAGUAAAUGAGGUGAUCUAUGAGGACCUCCAGUAUCUGUCAGUAUCCGCCCUGGUGCUGGCCUGCCUGGUCGGCCUCGGCAUGCUCGCCAUGUGGCUCCUGGACAAAGCCUACAGGAGGAUCCUGGCAUGGAAACAACAGAGAGCAAACAGAUGCAGGACACGGGAGCAAGAAAAUGAGGCAACUGAGCUGCAGCCUCUUUGACGGACAUGGGACGUUGCGUGAUGGACAUGGGACACCUCCACUUGACGUAAACUGCAGUCGACUGCAAGUCAGACCCGUUGAAGCCGCAGCAGACAGACUGUUUCUGUCAGCUCUGCUUGCUGGUUUACAUAUUUUGUGACUCUAGUAAUUGAGAGGUGCCUUCUCGGUGCCUGACCGGGCUGGGCUUAGCCAGAGACACGAAGGACUGUCGAUCACAGGCAACUCCAAGUACCAAGACGAAGUUUACAUUUUAAUUUGAUUACACUUUACUUCCAACACCACCACUGUCAUUGGAUUGAACAUGCAAAAAAAACAAAACAAAAGAAAAUGGAAAACAAUAACCCUGAGGACACUGGGGGAAAAAAAAUGACAUAUUUAUUAUCAAAGCAAACGAGUUCUGUGUCUUUUCCUGAAACUGUGAAAACAGAAACUUUAAGUCCAAGAGGAAAUAAAGUGAGAUACUCACAACAUAAAUGAAUGACAACGUUGUCAGACAAGUUUACUACCAAAAGGAAACUAAACACACUCUAUAUAUAUAUAUAU